UCCUGUUGAACAGCAGCUAGUCGAGUGGAAUUUUACCGUACUUGAAAAUUUUGUUAUUCAACUCUUAAUUUUUGUUUUGUUGAUUACGUCAUCAUGACAUGGAAAGCAAUGAUGAUUGUGCCGUACGAAUGGAUCCUGGAGAAUGUCGAGGAAGAACCGAUGACGAUCGCGUCGAAAAUGAUUUCGUUUCGUGGAGAAAAAGUUUUCCGUGUGGGUUUGAAGAACUACUCGGUGGAUCCCGUUUUAUUUUUGGUGGCAAUUGAUCUCAGAAAAAUGGGAAUGAAAGUGAAAGACGUAAAAUUUGGAUUGCAAGGUAGUGGCAUUUGCCCAGAAAAGAUGACGUGUAUUUAUGAAGAAGAAAUCGGCGAUGAAGGAAGUCUGCAGUUAUUCACCGGCAUUGAUCUUGCCGAAAAGUUCUUAGGAAACUUCACUUUUUCGUUUCGAAUUUGCAUUGAAGGAACUGAUUCCCACUAUUCCUAUCAACUGAGCGAUCGUCUUGCUAAGUCUCAAUUAUGGGCUGCUCUGAAAAAUCAACAAAAUCUGGCGGACGUUGAAUUUAUCGUGAAAAACAAAACAUUUCCUGUACACAAAUCAAUUCUUGCUGCCCGCAGUCCCGUGUUUGCAGACGAAUUCGAGAAGAAACAACCGGGAAAAGGCGGUCCUCUUCAGAUCCGGUUCGAUGACCUGGAACCUUCAACUGUGGAGAAUUUUCUUUACUUCAUCUACACUGGCGAACCGAAAGGAACAUUUGAAGAUGAAGAUUUACUCAAGUUAGCUGAAUACUAUCAACUUGCAACUCUGGCUAGUUUAUGCAAAUUGGCUCUGCAAAAAGUUAACGCAUUUCAAAUAACAAACAUCAUGAAAAAUUUAAACAGCAAUACCGAAGAGCAAACGUCUUCUUCUAAAAUCACGCCGGAGAAAGAAACGGAAAUAUUUUAUGAUGGGACGUCACCUUCAUUUCGAUGUUACUCGAAAUUAGAUGAAAACGGAAAAUCCACAUGUGUGAUGAAAUAUCAAAAUGAAGACAUUUUUAUUGCCUACUUCACUGGAGAAUACGAGUUUGUUGAGGAUGGCGAACGCCGCUAUGUAAGAGAACCUGUGAUUCAUUUAUCAUGCGUAAAGCAACGUAACUUUGGGUUGAAAGUUGAAGAUGUUUAUUGCGACAUUUCCGACGAGGUUGAUAAAAAUGUUUGGUUGAAGAUGGAACCUAAACAUUUUCAGAAAAACGUAGAACUCCUUCACGUGGCAGCAGAAUCGCCAUCGAAUUUUUUUGUCGAUUCUUUCCUAACAGUUGACUUCGACAUCAAAAUGACCAGCACGAUUGGUAAUUAUUAUUACGAAAUGAUGGACGACGGAUGGUUGAAGGAUUUAUGGGCUGCCGCAACAGACCAAAAGUUGACGGAUGUCGAAAUAUUCGUCGGGACUGUUAAAGUGAUGGAAGCUCACCGAGUUAUUUUAUGCGCUCGUAGCCCAAUCCUGAAUGCUUCUUUGAACAAGAUCAGUAACACAGGUAAAUCCAUCGUUACAUUCGGGCCGGAAUUCAAUGUCGAGAUUGUCAAGAUUUUCCUAAAUUUCCUUUACAACGGUUCUUUAAUGACGGGGGCCAGUGGUAAGCAGCUCAUUAAAUUGGCCACAAUGUACCAAGUGGAGACUCUAAAAAGUGUGUGUCAAGUAUUUAAUGCUAACCCACCAGAUGCAGAACAUGUUACCGACUAUCUUCUACAACUAUAAUCGCUGGUUUUGUUAAUUGUGUUUUGGUAAUAUUCAACAUUUGUAAUCUGUGUCGUUUAAAUACAGAAAUUUUGGCAAACAGU